AUGUUGCUUAAUCAAAAGGAUCAGAUAUCCCCCGCCCAAGUGUCCUCUCUGGAGUUGCCCGUGUCUCUCUCACGAACCGAGCAGACGGCUAUUAAUAACACACCAUUCAUCCUUCUAGCCGAGACAGUUCUCGCUGUUGGCGGUGGUCGUUCGCUGCUCCCAAUAGCUGACGCUGUCGCUGCUAUUACGUGUGAGACGCUGCAUGCUGACACGGCAGCCUUCGAGGCUGAGUUUGUGGACGCAGCUCGUCCCCAUCGUGGCAUUAUCACGUCGGCGCAGAACUUGCGUAGCAUGCUCGAUGGAUCUAAGCUUAUUAAUAGCCAACAAGAAGGAGUCACGGACGUGGCUGCUGUGUGCUGUAUCCCGCAGUACCAUGGCCCCGCUCGUGACGCUAUUCUGGUCACCUACAAAGCCGUGGAGGUCGAAAUUAAUGCCACUUUUGGUAAUUGUGCUGCUGCUAAGCGUGUUGGUGCAAGCAUUCAUCCGCAGGCGCUGAAGACGGCGCUAUCGACCACGAUGGAGGCACUACACGUGCUGUAUCAGGGCAGUGUCAACCGCCUCCAACUACUAGACAUUAAGGUUACUGAUGCACGUGACAUAACACUCGCUGUUGAUCUCGUGCAAGCAACCGCUACUGCUCUCGUGCACGAGCUAGUGCCGUCGUUAAAGUUUUUGGAGGAAGAAGAGGCGCAGCUAAAACUCCGUCUGGCUAAGAAGAACGCUAAUGUGCAAGAAGCAGCACUUAAAGCUGCUGCUGCAGCCGCUAAAGAAGACGAGAAGAUUGCCGCGAUGCCAGAAGCGCAGCAAAAUAAAAUUCUGGAGAAGCGUCGCAAAAAACUCGAAAAGCAGAAGGAAAAGGAGAACGCAAAGAAAUGCGGCAAGGAUGAGCUGAAGAUUGGUCUAGGUAGCCAAGCAGUACGCCAGUAUAUCCUUGCCCUCGGAGAUGGAUGGCAAAGUAGUGUGGUAAAGUCGGCCUUUGACUUGCGUGCUUCAAGCCUAUCAGUAUACUUGGAGGACCUUUUCGUGCGUCUAGGCAGUUGUGGCACUCGCCGUAAACCGAAAAUUGCAAAGGGCUCACAGGACUUUCUGCCGUAUCAAAUGGCUCUUCGCGAGAAAAUCUUCAACAAGAUUCGCAUGGUCUUUAAGCGCCACGCGGGUGUCGAGAUUGAAACUCCCGUUUUUGAGUUGAAGGAAACACUUACGGGAAAGUAUGGUGAGGACAGUAAGCUUAUCUACGACCUGGCUGACCAGGGUGGUGAACUGCUGGCACUGCGUUACGACCUGACGGUGCCCUUCGCUCGCUUCAUGGCCCUGCACAGCCCUGGAAACAUUAAGCGCUACCAUAUCGCUCGCGUGUAUCGCCGUGACAACCCACAAAUGGCCCGCGGUCGUUUCCGCGAAUUUUACCAAUGCGACUUUGAUAUCGCGGGUACCUACGCGCCUAUGCUCCCGGAUGCCGAGGUGCUGUCGAUUGGUAUCGAAGUGAUGCAACAGUUCCCAGAGCUUGGCCCCGUGAAGGUAAAACUGAGUCACCGUUUGCUCCUGGACGCCAUUCUCGCUAUUUGUGGCGUGCCCGCUGACAAGUUCCGCACGACGUGUAGUGCUAUUGAUAAGCUGGAUAAGGAACCUUGGAGCGAGGUGCGACGUGAAAUGGUGCAGGAGAAGAACAUUCUCGAGGAAGUGGCCGACCGUAUCGAGCCAUUUGUGUGCAAAGUGGGCUCGCCGCGCGACCUGCACACACAGCUCGUAAAGGAAAAAAUGUUUGGCGACAAUGCUAAUGCACGCCGUGCUAUGGACGAUUUGGCGUUGCUCUUCAAUUACCUCGAUGCCAUGGGCGUCCUUGAUUUCGUUUCCUUUGAUCUGAGUCUUGCUCGCGGAUUGGACUAUUACACGGGUCUCAUUUUCGAGUUUGUACUGACGAGUCCGGAGCACAAGGUUGGUUCCAUUGCUGCUGGUGGCCGCUACGAUAACCUCGUGGGUAUGUUCUCUGCAACGGAACAGCAAAUCCCCUGUGUUGGAGUCAGUCUUGGUAUCGAACGUAUUUUCGGUAUCCUCGAGGCCCAUGCCAAGAAGAAGUCUGCCAACACGACCUCUCCGUCACAGGUUCUGGUCGCGUCCACGAGCAAUAAUUUGAUAAUGCCGCGAUUGGAGCUGUGCAAGCAGCUAUGGCUCUCCAACAUUUCGGCUGAAGUAGUGCAGACGGAGAAUCCCAAGUUUAUUAAGCAGCUGCACUAUGCUCUGGAGCGUGGUACGCCGUACAUGGUGGUAAUUGGUGAGGACGAGCUGACCAAGGGCGUCGUAAAGGUGAAGGACAUGGCGUCAAAGGACGAAGUGACUGUGCCGCGUUCUGAACUUGUUGCUGAGCUGCUGCGUCGUGGAUGUUCAACUACUAACACGUUUAUCAUGUAA